GUGACUUUCAAAUACGCUCGACAGACAACAAGUUAACUAGAGUUAAUAGAAAAUUGUGUAUCAUGAAAAAAGUGGCGACGUUGUGCUGCGUAUAGAAAAAGAAGAAGCAGCAGAAAGCAGCGCAUUGAAAAAUUUACAAGAAACGAAAACUACUCAGUGCUCCCCCCAUAAACUCCCCAUAUUUAUAGCAAGUGCAUAUUUGUUUUGUUUAACUCUAAUUGCAGCUGGACAAAAGUAAAUAGCCAAAAAUCCUAUAAAGUAUCUUAAUACGUUCGUGACGUGAACAUCAUUGUAUUGUUGCAGUGAUUGUUGUUGUUGAAAUUGCCGGCAGUGUGAAAUAGACUUGAUCAUGGAGGAUCGCAUGAUGGCCCACACUGGUGGGAUGAUGGCACCGCAGGGUUAUGGCCUGCCCGGUCAGGAUGAUGGCCAAAACGCUGGCAAUGAGAAUGAGGUGCGCAAGCAAAAGGAUAUUGGCGAAAUCCUGCAACAAAUCAUGAGCAUCUCGGAGCAAUCCUUGGACGAGGCACAGGCCAGAAAGCACACACUCAACUGUCAUCGCAUGAAGCCGGCCUUGUUCUCAGUGCUCUGCGAGAUUAAAGAGAAGACCGUGCUUUCAAUUCGCAACACGCAAGAGGAGGAGCCACCAGAUCCACAAUUGAUGCGCCUGGAUAACAUGCUGAUUGCCGAGGGCGUGGCCGGUCCCGAGAAGGGCGGCGGUGGCGCUGCAGCCGCCUCAGCAGCAGCGGCCAGUCAAGGCGGCUCGCUGUCCAUCGAUGGAGCCGAUAAUGCCAUCGAGCAUUCGGAUUACCGUGCCAAGUUGGCCCAGAUUCGUCAGAUCUAUCACCAGGAGCUGGAGAAAUAUGAGCAGGCCUGCAAUGAGUUCACCACACACGUUAUGAAUUUGCUGCGCGAACAGAGUCGCACCAGACCCAUUACACCCAAAGAAAUUGAGCGCAUGGUGCAGAUCAUACACAAGAAAUUCAGCUCGAUUCAAAUGCAACUGAAGCAAUCGACCUGCGAGGCGGUGAUGAUACUUCGAUCCCGUUUUCUGGACGCCCGUCGCAAGCGUCGCAAUUUUAGCAAGCAGGCAUCCGAAAUACUUAACGAAUAUUUCUAUAGUCAUUUGAGCAAUCCGUAUCCAUCCGAAGAGGCCAAGGAGGAGUUGGCGCGCAAAUGUGGCAUAACAGUGUCGCAAGUAUCGAAUUGGUUUGGCAACAAGCGCAUUCGCUAUAAGAAGAACAUUGGCAAGGCACAGGAGGAGGCCAAUUUGUAUGCGGCCAAGAAGGCAGCUGGGGCAUCGCCAUAUUCCAUGGCCGGUCCGCCCAGUGGCACCACAACGCCAAUGAUGUCGCCCGCACCGCCACAGGAUUCAAUGGGUUAUCCCAUGGGAUCGGGUGGAUAUGAUCAACAGCAGCCGUAUGAUAAUAGCAUGGGCGGCUAUGAUCCCAAUUUGCAUCAGGAUCUUAGCCCUUGAGGAUAGGCUUGCCAAAGCUAAAGCAACAAAUUCAUAAUUUUUAAUAAAUAAUAGAAAUCUUUUUUUUUUAUAUAAAUAUAUAUACAUAUAUAUAUACAUAAUGAAUAUACCACAAAAAUGUAUAACAGUUGAACAAAGAGCAACGUUCAACACUGCGCAGUGUGUGUGUGUGUGUGUGUAUGUGUGUGUAUGUGUGCGUGUGUGUGUGUGCAGAAAGAGCGUGUGUGUAUGUAUGUAACAUGCAAUCAAUUAUGUAUACGAUUAUGUCUUAAUUAAAAUUAUGUACUGAAAACAAA